AUGUCACAACCAUUCACUUGUUGGGUUGAGUUGAGCAACAACAAGGAUGAGCUCACCUUCAACGAUAUCACCAACUACAAUCGUCUCAUACCCACUAUUAGAGCAUCCAAACAACUUGCUACAGGGGACAAUCCAAUUCAUUUAUUCUCGGACCAAGCACGAACCAUACAACUUGAUCCAGAGAUUGCUGUUAAUACCACUCUUACUCGUAUCUAUAUUUCUACUCAACCUCAAGCACAAGCUUUCACAUUAGGUGCAAAUCUUGGUAAUCUACAGUCUGAAGAUGUAUUGGAGAAAUCUUGCUUUAUCAACAGAAAAAAAGAGAUUAAGCUCAUCUCCCAAUCAUUCCUACGUAUACUCUCUGCUAGAAACUAUUCGUCUGGUGAUCUCAACAAUGCCAAUCGUCAAAAUAUGCCAAUCGUGGUCAGCUGCCAAAUGUGGGGCUCUGGAAAGACGUCACUUGGGCAGCAGUAUCUUCGUGAGAUAAGGAGAAAUGUCCAACUACAAGAGGAGAUCAAGAGCGAUUGGGAAAAGGUGGUAGAAACCACCAUUGUACCUUCGCACGCAAAUGCAUUCGAUACCCUACUCAGUCUUAAACCUUUAUACAUCGAUCUCAGGGACGUCAAGGUGCCAGACGUGACAUUGUGGAAUCUCGCCAUAGCUAAUGCCAUUCUUCGUGUCCUUGCGUACAGUCGAAAUGAAGCCUACACUUCAAUCAAUCACAUCGACCAACUCAUUGGAAAGCACCAUCUCAAAGAGUACUUUAUUCACUUGGAUGAAAUAGAUACACGUCCUCGAGCCGUUGGUCCACAUGUCGGUGCCUGUCUACAUCUCGGGACGAUCUUCACUUCUCUUUCUUCUCAACCAACACAGCUUUGUCCAUCAAGUGCCUACAUCGUCAAGAGGUUUGCUUUCAACCGGAACAAAAUAGAAGAUGAAAAUAUCAAGUUCUUCACCAAUCUUAUUUAUAAACUGACUUUGGGUGCCCCGAGACUAGUUCAAGCAUGUGUCGAUUACUUGAUGAGUGUCAAAGAAGAUUUGUCUCUUUUCAACGAGCAAAAGAUCCUUGAAUCAGUAGAAACAGGCUUUCCUCAAGAGAUUGAUCCUACAUAUAACUUUUCCCAAAGUAAGAGAGAGUUAUAUAUCUCUUUGUGUUUUGCAACUUUAUUCAAUAUUCCAAUUCAACUUGACAGAACCAUCAAAAAGUCCACUUGGGAUCUCGAUGAGUCAACUAUGCAUACAAGCAUCGAUCUCAUCAAAUCGUUCAAUGUUUAUAUAAAGCCUGUUGAUUCGCUUCGUCGUACUGUCUAUAUCCAAGUGCCUCCAUUGACCAUUUCUCACAUCAUCAAGAACAAUUCAGGUCCAAAAGAACUAAUUGAUACUGUCACUAUGUUCACUCGCCUCUGGAGCAAUGAAAUCGUCACUGGAAUGCCUCUAGAAAGAGUGUUGGCAUGCAGCAUCAUUUUUAAGAGUCAACAGUGCGCUGCUUUCUAUGGCCAAACCUUUGAUCUCAAACUUUUAUUUCCCUUUCUCCCUAAUGUCUUCAACUCGAAGACUGAACCCAUCAAAGUCUGCAAGUUCCCAAUCUUUAGAUCUAAAUCCAUUGCUUACGCACCAGAAGUGAUUAAAAAUUUGAUACAGAAAGAUGCCAAAGGCAAUUGCAAAGAAAAGAUGGCACCAGUAUCUGCAUUUUGGAGCAUACAGGAGAUGGCAGUUGAUCAUACACUCUACAUGUGCGGACCAAAGUCAUCAAGCUCAGACUUUUACCUCACUGUCAACCGUACUCUUUUUUGCUUCGUCGUCAAGAACCGAAUUAACUCGGCUCAACUGGAUAAGGAGCGAAAGAAGGCGUUCAAGAAUUCGAAUCAACGUGAAGUGUUUGUUGAUCACAUAAUCAUCAUAGUAGUUGCUCUCAUACGAGACCCGAGUAUCAAUGGCACCCCAGACAGAGAUGGUUGGUCCAUUUGCCAAGAUUAUAAAACUGCAAAAUCUACAUCUUGA